CCUGCGCAACCCGAGCUCCCAGGGGAGUAAAGGGGAGUGGUCGAGCCGCGGCUGGGGGUGAUGGGCGCCAGAUUUGAAUUCAGGCGUGGGCGUGGCGUCCUCAAUCAUGUCGAGGGUGAUCGAUAGAACUGAGUGAUUAUUGAUUAGGUUUCUGAUGAGAGGUGCAGAUUACUUUGGCCCGAGAUUGACUUCCGGUCCUCCAACCAGUUCUAGCCAUUGUUGAAAAGAGGCUACAAGGAACAUUUUGUGACUCAAAGUAGUUGAUAAAAGCAGUCACAAGAGGGCAGUAUGGGUGUUGUAGGUGUAGGGCGGGCCUCACUACACACAGAUAGUCGUGAUUGCAUCAAUUGUGUCACUGUGUAGAUUGAAGGUGAGAUUUUUAUAUCCAAAUAAUCAACUGUAUUAGUGAUGUUGGGUUGCCAAACUGCAGAAAACUGGAGUAUAAUCUGUCCAAACAGCCACAUUAGACUUCUGGACACUUUUUUAUGACACUUCCUGGUCCCAGAUUUACUGUUUGGUAACAUUGUUAAACAUGUUUAAUUAGGAAAAAGCUACACAAAACUGAAACAAUGUGGGACACAGGUUUGUUUGUUUGUUUAUUUGUUUGUUUAUUAAGAUCCCAAUUAGCUUCUGUAUAACAUUCGCUAUUCUUCCUGGGGUCCACACAGUUUACAUGGUGACAAUACUCAUCACAAUACACUGACAUGACACAUCGUAACGCACAUAUACUGUAGAUAAAACAAUAACAAUUAAAGCACUGUACAGGCAAACAAAACAAAAAGACUGGCUCUGAAUGAAUUUAUCAUAUAUUAACAAAAAUGUCCUCAUGAUCUAAAAGAUAAGUAUCAACAUUUCACCAGAUUGACCAUGAACCACCACUGGUUCAAGUCUGGUUGGGCACUUUUGUUGCACAUCAUUCCCCUAUCUUACAGUUUUAUUUAACCUUUUGUCAUCUUAUCGGUCAACAAAAACACAAUUCACUGGGAUACAUGAGCAUCUUUACAAGCAUAGGCAAGAUUUAAUUAACAUAAAAGACAAGCUUCAUAAAACCAGUGUGAUCGAACUUGAGAAUUACAUUCAUAACCAUAAACAUUUUUGCUUUUGGUAUCAAUAACCUACUGUGGAUAUAUUCUUCUCCACCCUAGUGCUAAAUUAGCUGAUGUCAUGUUACUCCACAUGGAAAACCUGGGUUGUGUUCAUAAGUGGAAAGUUUUGUAGGUUGUUAUGUUGUGUUGAGAGUUAACCGCUCAUAACAACCUCCUAACAGUCCUAACAGCGUUUCCUUGAAAUAUGUAAAUACUACAUAAAGAACUGAAAAUAAAGUGCUUCGAACCAUCAGCUUUCCUGGUUUGAAUAUCAAAUAUUUAACCAGGAAACACAAUUCCCAUAAACUUUGCAACAAAAGCCCUCAGAGAAAAGAUACAUAGAAAUUGGUGCUUGGUUUGCCGGUGCCUGUGACUUAUUUUUCAGUUUCUGAGCAGGUCAUAUGGUUCAUUAUCAAGGUCUCUGACAACCCUCUCAAGGCUAUUUAGGACAGUCUCCUCUAGUAUUGGUGAGACACGUUGCUUGGAAAUUUAUAGGAAUACCAGGGUGUGUAUUUGUACACUCAAAGAAUAUCAAAGAAUCUACCAGCCCAGCCUGUCACUUUCAGCAUUUCAGAGCAUCUUUUCCGCAUAUAAAAUAAAUUAUUAAUUUAUUACAUAACCAAUAGAACAUUUUGUUCAUUUCAGCUAUUUCCAUUGCAGUAUAUUCAUAUAUAUGCACUUGUCAAAGGCUGGGAUGCAUGGAUGAAACAAAUGUGAGCGUGGUCACUUUAUUCCUCUCUCUCUCUCUGCCUCUUCUUAUUUUAUCAUCAUCUUUUUCUCAUGGUUCUCCUCUCAGAGGGGAGGGGGGGGGAGCAGAGAAAGGCGAGGUUCUGUUGUCAAAUCUGUCAGUCUCGCCAGCCUGGCCCCUCCUACCUCAGUGGAGGCAUUACAUACUGCUGGUGCUCGUGCUCUUAGCAACGGUGCCUCAGCAACAGAGCCACGGCAACAGAGCUCCACGGCAACAGCGUGCCGUGUCUCCCCAAUGGAGCUGCCAUUGGGCGGACCAGCGCUCAGGCACUACACCCAGAGCAGACCGAGACCUCACCGACAAAAACUGAACUAUCGUCCCAACAGACCGCAGGAGACAAUAAUUGAAAGUGACAAUGAAGUACUUGAGCUCAUGGGGAGGGUGGAUGAAGGAGUUGAAGAGUUCUUUACUAAGAGAGUACUUCCUACUGAUACACUAAAAAAGCAAGAUGAGGAAUCUAUCACAGUGCACGAAGUGGCUCCUGCCAGCGCUGUCCCUUGUCCACCCCCGACAAAAACACUCAGGAGGAAGCUCGGUGAUUUCUUUACUCUCAAAAAGAGACGAGGCCUGAAGUCAGAACCGAGCCAAGAGGGACGUCCCAAAAAGGCCUCUAUCGCUGAUUUCAUCCGCCCGCUCAGGGAGGUCGCCAGAGCCGAGAAAGAAAAGGAAAAGGACCGAGUGAAGGAACAUGACAAGGAAAAUGAAAAGGAGAAAGCGAAGGAACAUCCCAGCGCUCUUACUGGAGAGUCAGCUGUUCAGGAGACACCUGUUUCUGGUGCUCCGCCACUGAGGGGAGAAGCGGUGCCUCCCCGCCGAGCUCUCAGAGAGGGGAAGUCCCAGUCUCUCAUUUUGCUGUCUGGAUCAGCAGCAGGGACUACUAAUGCCAGAAACACUGCAAAGAAGCAAUUCGAAGGCCAACAUAGCUUUGAACAGAAACUCCAUCUCAUGCUCCAACGCAUUGGAGUUUCCAAAGCCCAGCCAGGAGAGACCCAGAAUCAGGAGGGAGAGAUGAAAAAAGCAGAAUCUGAAGGUACUAUCAUUGACAGUAAACCUGAGCCACCACCUACUUUCACAAAACCUCGAACGAUGUCUGCGUCAUCAGACACAAGGCAUCAAAUUCGCCCAAGUGUGUCAGCACAUGAGUCAGCUGGGAAACCUGCUUUGCUUCCAAAGCCAGUUCUCAAGCCGGGUCCACCCCCGACAACAUCUGGCCGCAACACACCUGAGAACGAGCUAGCCCAAAUACAGGAAGGGGAGACAAACACGCCCACUAAAUCGAGUCCAACUGCAGCUCCAUCUACCCCGGCUGCUCCUGCCCUCACUGACACCACCACCCCUUCUGUACCAACAAUCUCAAACUCAGUCCCUGACUCAACCGAUUUUACAAUUUCCCCUUCAAGUACUGUACUGCCCUCUGACACAGAUAUAUGCACUGACUCUGUUAACCCCGCUGCAGCAGCUACAACACCCACGAAUGUUACAGAGCUCGACAACACACCUUCUAUCAGCGAAACUAACGCCACUACCACUGAACAACCCACCACUACCUUUCUGACAACCCUUACGAGCACCACUACACCCACAGAGCCCCCCGCCACUGUCUCAGUUACUUCCACUUCCAUUACUCCAAGCCUCUCUGUCACUUCCAGCUCAACGAUAACUACGCCUUCCAUUACCAUCUCAGAAACCGUUGCUGCUCCCAGCAAUGAAAGCCCGGUUUCCACAACAUCAACAAAUCUGUCAACUUCAUCGACUCUCCCAGAGCCGAAUGGCAUUCUCUCAGUUGAUGCUGCUCCUGCUGCAGGUGGUGAUGCAGCUAUUUCUCUCACCACCGCAGCUUCUUUACCCUCCACCAGCGUAUCAGAUAUGUCUACUACCACCAAUUCAGUUACUGAAGCUAGUGAUGAUUCCACUUCAGUUACCUCUGCCAGUUCUCUAACCUUAGUUUCAUCAGUCACUAAAACAACAUCUCCACCCCCUGAUGCCCCUGACGCCCCCAUUACCUCUUCCUCCUCUCCGGCCUCUUCUGCCCUUCCUCCCACCAGCUCCACCUCUUCCACCACCACCGCCACUACAAGCCCAACAUCCACCGACUGCAUGGACUCUACUUCCAUCAUUACUCACUCAGCCAUCCCUAGCCCUGCUGAUAUCUCUGUUCCCUCCACUUCUUCCAGUGAGACAAACCCUACAGACACCACUACCACCACCACCAGUUUAAACCGUGCAGACACCACUUCCACCCCCAGUUCAGCAAACGCAGCUGCAAUUAGCUCCCCUCUCCCGACUGACUCAGACCCCCCCGACACUAACAAUAUCAGCACUACCCUCACACCAACUAGCUCUGGCCUCCCUGUUACCGAUAACUCAAGUGCUGCUUCUCACCAUUUGACCAGUCCAGCGCCCUACAAUGAUAGUCCAGGCCAAGAUAACGAUGUACAGACACCUCCCGAAGAAAGAUCCAGCAUAGAGCUUGCAGAGAAGAGCGCAGCAGACGAGGAGCUUGAUACGGUUCAAAAGAGCAAGCAGGCUGAGACAGAUGAGAGCAAGAAAGUCAUCGAUGUCGGGAAUGAGAGCGAGAAUGAAAAGGGGAAACCAGCUCUGGUCAGCAGCGACUUGAUGAGGAAAGAAGUGCAGGAGGAAAGUGUGAAACCUGAAGAAGACGCAGUGAAAACAGAAGGGGGAGUGGCUGAACCUGCAUCAGGGAAAGAGGGUGAGCUGUAUAGCGAUGAGGGGGUGACAAGUCAAAAACCAGAAGAAACCAAGUCAGAGGGUGUGAAGUAAUUCAAAAAUCAACAAAUUCAUAAACACGGGACCAACUACUGUGACGGGGUAGGAGAGGCCACAGUAAAGGGUAAAGGGGGGCAGAUGAUCCAUGGCACUUCCUACAGGGACCACCACAUUAAAGCAGCACACCACAAAGGGUGGGCCACUGGACCAAAGAACUGAGAUCCCCUUGGUGUGAUGUAAUCAACAAAUCCAGCAGUGUCUUUGUCCUUUUUUAACUUAUGUUUGAAUUUUUGCAUUGCACGUAUGAUUAUGUACCAUAAGACAACUACUGUGGUAAAAUACACCAUGUUUACAAUAGAUGGAUAAGAGACAUAGUUAUGACUAUUAAAUGGAAUAUUGAAUUGAA